AUGCCGAAACAGGGCUCAAACAAACAUGGCUACCUGUCUGAGAACGACAUCCAGCUCCCCCGGUCGACGCAGGCUCAGAAGCUCGUCGCUCAACACGACCGGCGUUCGCUCGCUUCCAUUGCUCUCACCUGGCUCGUCGAGACUCCUAGGUCGACUGGCGGGGAUGAAGACGGAUUGUUCGACGAGGUGCAGGAGGAUGUGGACGAGCGCAGGGUGUUGUACGAGCAGCUGAGGGACGAGGAGGGAACGGCGGGCAGGAGUCGGGUCGUCAAGGCCAUGCAGGAGGACUGGCGAGACGGCUUGACGUACCGCCAAGUCGCCCAACUCGACAUGCAGCAAUUCCAGAUAAAGGGAAUCGGCAAGAGCUGGACAGCGUACCGUGCCGAGCUUCCUCCCUCCGCCACUGUCGCUUCGUCGACCCACCUCUUCGCCGCCUUCCGAGACUCAUUUGGCGCUUACCACCCUCACUACCUCCACCUCACAACACUCACCACUCCCUCCCCACUCACCGUCCUCCGCCUGCAACUCCUCCCCUCCCCCUCCCUCACAUCCCGCUCAACCUCCUCCUUCCCCGCCGCAAUCUUCCUCCUCCACAUCCCUCUAACGCCCUACUUCCUCCUGCCCACCUCCCUCCCCUCCUCUCUCCGCCCGCUAAUCCUCCAAGCGCUCUCAACCUCCAUCACUUCCUCCGCUUCAUCCGUGGCGCUUACGAAACUUGACCUCGAGGGUAAAGACUGGAAGGCGUUGAGGGAGGUACUGGUUGAGCGCAAGUCGGCGGUUGGGGAGUGGAGGAAGGUCAGAGGGGAGGAGGGGAGGGAGACGGAUGGUGGUGGGGUGUUGGUACCCCAGGCGAGGAGGAAGGUCAUGGAGGACCCGACUCAACUCCCUCCGCCAACGUUAGGCGCCACAGGUGUCCCCGCCCUUCCUCAACCUGGCGCAGGAGCCGAACGAGCCCGCAAGCGCCGCAGGCUGGAGGAGGUCAACUCAGUCUUUGGGACGGGCGCCAGUCGAGCAGAGCAGGCUCAGCAGGACGACAAACUGCCUAAACUCGAGCGGCUGGACUACUCCAUCUCCCUCCCCUACCUCAACGAACCCGCCUUCCCCGCCACCGACGUUCCCUUCGAUUCAUCCACCCACCCACCCUUCUUGAUGCGGCUAGAAGGCUCGCAUGUCCUUUCUGGCUUGCGGGCGCUUGUGGCGAGCGGUUUGACGGAAGUUGCAUCGGACCAGGAUAAGGAGAAUGCGCCUGGCCGACGCGAUGGUGGGAGGCCAAAGAGGACGCCGGGGUUGCCGAGUUGGUUGGGCGAGGUGGCAGGCGAGGGGGUGAAUAGGUUGAGUGUCGGGAGGAGGAGGGAUGGGACGGUUGGGAGGAUUUGA